AUGCCGGCGCUUGUUACCAACACCACCAACGCAGCCAAUGCAGCCGACCGCCUCAUCCUGGAGCUCUCCAGAGCACUAGUCGCGCCGUCCUCUGGACCCGGAGUCGCUGAGAACCUCUCAACUUCUUUGCAAGCAUUGCAAAAGCACGCACGAUCCUUCGGUUUCUCAUCCAAACAGUGCGAGCAACUAGUCCGACUUGCUCUGCUCGGCCGCCUCCGCCCCUUAUCAGCAAGCGGUGCUAGCAGCUCUACCAAGCCAAAGCUGCCAAAGACGUCAGUAUCUCUCACCAUUCUCCGCUCCGUCAUUCCACGCCCAGGGGUCAAACUUGGCAAGCAAGCUAUUCUAGACAUUGUCGCAUCGCUUGGCCCUUCGCCCGGCACGGACACCAUCAAGCUUGCCGGUCUCCAGCGUGCAAGCAAUGAUAAUGCAGAAUCGAGUCUAGGGCCAGAGCGCCUCAAGGUGGACAGCAAAGUGCAAGUGGCAGCACUCAAGCUCCUCUCAGUGCUUCUUGAAUCACCAUCCGUUCCCUUGUCUGUGGCUGCAAACUUCUACACCGAAGCCAGUGGCAGUCAACAGUCGACAUUGCGACAAGACCGACAGCGGGACGAACGUGAGAACGAGCGCCUACAGCGUCACGCUGCACAAUACACUGGGUUGGCAGGCAGUCUGCCCUCCUCCUAUCUCACAACUGCAGCCAAGACGACACUCGAGAAGUGCUACCCGACCCUCUUCCAUUUCAUCGACUACCAGGCUCUGCGUCCGCAUCUCUGCUACUUACUAUGCCGCCUCACCAAACGAAGACAUGUCCGACACUACAGAAUCACCAAGCUGAUGUCUUUGCGUGCCAACUCGGCUCCUGAACUCGGCAUCUCCGCAUUGUUGUCGACUUAUGCCAACUUCUACCCAGACUUGCUCUUCCCGGAGCUUUUGGGAGGCGGUGGUGCAGGAAGCUCAGCUGUUGGAGCAGGCCCGGCUGCCGGUCUCAAGUACCCUGACUCCGACUGGAUCGCCAUGGUGCUGCUUGCGCACGCUCGCUGCUCACGCCGAAGCGAGGGGCAGACAGUACAGUCGGAUGACGAGGCUGAAGCCGAAGCCGAGUCCGGUAGUCGAGCGACAAAGAAGCAGCGUCUGUCCAGUAAAGCUGUCAACGAGGGUGCGGCGGGAGAUGCAGCUGCGGCGGUUGGUUUGACCGCUUCUGCCUCCAUUCCGAUCCCGAACUUGAUCACAAUUCAGUCCCUCAACUCGGCACGAAAAGCGUUCGGCACGCAUCCCUCGCUCAUCACUGAAUUAUCGUCGCUACGACAUCUCGCGCAUAGUCUGGAUCGGCUGGUAUUACCUUCGCAAGCCGCUGCAAUGCUCGGCAGCGGAUUCGGCGCUAGAUUGAUGCGUGUAGCAGUGCUCUCUGGCGCAACGGUCACCAACGAAGACUCGCUCAGCCAGACCAUUCCAGCGGGACGACGCAACAGACAAGCCGAACACGAUCUCUGCUGGGCACGCCUGUCAGACUGGCUCGAGAGCGUUCUUGGCGACGAGCUUGGCAUGCAGAGUGGCUCCGAAGGAUCGUCUACGCAGCGCCAGCAGCUCAAGCUGCCUUCAAAUGAGGCAGAGUUCAAGCGUAUUGCAGCCUUGUUGCGUAGGGUCAGAUACGUGUUCGAGCUGGCGGAACAGAUGCCGGCCAGGCUCGAGGACCUGGUAGCAAGUGUCCUUGCAGCGAUAGCGGAGGUCGCGCGGACGGAUAGCGCACAAAUGACAGAUCUGAAGGUGGACGAUAUGGAUGGAUGGACAAACCGAUGGGAUGAGUUGGCAGGCGAAGUGCUUGCUUUUGUGCCACUUGUCGCACCAUCGGACCUGAUCUCCUUCGAGGAACAGUUCAUGGCACCACUCAAGGCCUUGGCAACAUCGAGAAAGGUCUCGCUGGAUACAUCUUCGACUGUGAUACUUGCACUUACAGGCUUGCUCUACAACUGGGGCGUACGCGACUGGUCAGACAUUGGCAGGCUUCUUGACUCACGCAACUCGUACCGAUGGGGGAUCUCAAAUCUCGAUCCGUUGGUCGACUAUGCUGAGCUCAUCGCUGGUGUCUGCUCCCAAACAGACUCGCUCGCAUCGUCCCUUCUUGGUCUCUAUCCACGCCACGUACUUGUCGAGCACAGCGUCCUGUCACUGUACGAAGUGCUUUCUGGCCCACUUGCUGGUAUGCGCACAAGCGCGAGGAUCCCGGCCCUACCGCUUUACGCUUUCACCAUGCACGCUUCCACGCUGGUCCCCAUCUCGCGUCUCUGCGGCCUCGUUCAAGACCUGCGCACGGCAUUCGAGGAGCACAACAACAAGGUUCAUGAGCAACCCCAGGUAGACGGGGGGCUUGAGAGCAAGGUCUACGACCUACAAGCAAGCUUCUUCGAGGAAGAGAACACGACUGCGCUGAAUAGCAAUGUCACCCUUGUGGCCAAUCUGGUAUGGCUCGGCAAGAUCGUGACCGAAGCCGGCACCGUGGGAAGUCUUCCACCUGGAUUCGAGGAGUCGGUACUGAACGAGCUUACUCAGAGAGGCGAUGAUCUGAACCUGAAGCUGUCGACGCUGGCCAACACGCCCUUCUCACGCGCUAUGAGCCAUCUUUCGGAGCGCUUUGCCAACGUCUUCUGCUCCUCGCGCAAUGCUCAGCAGGCAGAACAGGCAGGCUGGAUUCGUGGACCUGUCACGCCGAAGACGCUCAAAGCAGCAAAAAAGAACGGUAUUCCGGCUGGAUGGACACAUACCGAUUUCAGAGCCUACAUGCUCGACUGGAUGGAUAGGGAGGGUGCACAUGGGCUGUACGAGCUACUGAAGAACAUCUUGGUCACUUUCGGAGGACAGCUGAAGAGCAUCCGUGGCGAGUCGCAGCUCGUGGUAGCUUGA